AAGCCACUCCUCUAAAACAUCGGAUAACUCGCCUCCGCUCUCGACUUUGCAACAACACAUUUCUCAUACCCACGUAUACUAGGAGCGACAUUCACAAGUCAACAUGAAGGUUCUUACCAAGGAAGAAGAAGAGGCGCAUUACAAUGCCACGAUCAAGGGUGGAUCGAUUGGUGGUGUCAUCGGUACGGCGAUAGGUGCUGCAGGCGUUCUGGCAGCGAGCAGACGAUACCAUUCAUUCCGCGCUCUCACAGUACCAUUCCGAGCCUUCCUCGUCGCCUCAACCGGUACAUUCGUAGCCGUCAUUGCUGCUGAUCGAGCCUCUGCCCAAUACGACAUCGAACACACACCGGAAAAGAAACGCCAAAUCGAGCGUGAAAAGGAGCGCGAGGCACUCUACGAAUCGAACAAGACGGCCUUCCAGCGCGCUAAAGACUGGGCAACGGCCAACCGAUACCCUCUCCUCUUUGGCUUCUGGGUCGCUUCCAUGGCUGGUUCAUGGCACAUGGUCAACCGCAACCCUUACCUAAGUGGGUCGCAGAAGCUGGUGCAAGCGCGUAUGUAUGCACAGGGUGGUACGCUAGCUGCGCUGUUGGGAAGUUUCGCCAUUGAGGGUGCGGAUGCGGCGAAGGGCAAGGGAAGGUGGGAGACGAUUAGGGUUAUUGACCCUAAUGACCCGGAGCACAAGCAUGUGAUUGAGAAGAAGAUUCACCAUGAGAGGUAUGCUGGUGAGGACCAGUGGAGAGAAAUGGUUGAGGCGGAAGAACAGCGCCAGAAGGAACGUAAGGCCGCUGCGCAGGGGAGGCAGCAGCAGGCUAACCAACACCGAGACGCCGCUGAUAAGAAAGAAGAGAAGGCUGAGAAGGGGGAGCAGAAGAACAAGGAGAAGGCUUAG